AUGUUUAGGAAUCCUGACAUCCCCCACAACGCCAUCAACGCCGGUACCUACUACGACAGCCCUUUCUUUAUUGGGCGCUCAAACUACAAGGGGAGCGUACAAGUCGGCAUGGUCAGCAAGAAACAGGGCGGUCUUGUUAUCGCCUAUGACGGCAAGCCCGUCCUAUUCCACGACUUUGAGGUUUUGUGUGGCCCUGUUUCAAGUGUAAAGUGGGUAUCGGUCGAUGGCCGGCUCGAGCUGGCCAAAAUGAAGCACGGCAAGCCGUUUGCAUGCGGAAAUGAGAAGGACGGGACCCCGCUGUUUGCGGGACGCACCACACACAAGGACAACGAGUAUGGCGGCAAAGUGUCGGAGAAGAUGAAGGGCAUGCUGUUCCCGCACAACGGCAAGGAGAAGCGAACAAAAGAGUACCUGGCUGCGCGUGCCAAAGACUCCGAGGUGCAUUCUCCUACGGAGCCGGCUCGCCCAUUGUCACAGACCAGCUCGCACUCGCCGUCGAACAAUGCAGCAAAUAGCAGCGAGUUUAUGCCAGGCGAUCCGGGUGGGUUUGUUGUGCCCAUGAGCGUGGCUUUGAAUGCCCAGAUGGGCGGACCGCAGUCUGUCGCCAUGUCGUUUGCGUCCUUGCCGCCAAUGGGCUACCCACCACAGCAGCCAUACCCACCACAGCAACCCUACUCUCCACAACAACAGCAUUACCCGCAUCAACAACAGUGGAGCAACCAGGGCUCGUUUGGACUACCCAUGGCCCCUGGCCCCGGUGGCUUUAUGGUGCCUGGCAGUGCUCCACAGUUGAACUACGCGCAAAGCAUAGUCUCCAGGCAUUCUAGCAUCUAUAGCCACAUGUCGCAAACACCAACUUCACCCAGCUACCCACCAGUGCAGCAACAGACACUGGAUGAUCCGCCGCCAUACUCGCCGUCUAUCGCCACAUCCCGGCCUACCCGGCACAACAGCGUGUCAUCGCAGUACUCGUACCAGCCACUGCAGAACAUGAGCAUAACCGACACUACGUAUAACCCAUUCACACAGAGCUCGAGCACGCUGUAUGGAGGCAAUUCACAGCAGCAGCAGCAGCAACAGAAUGCACCCAAUUGGGACAAUGUGCAGUGGGCACCGUAUAACCAAGGGUAGGCAUCCAACAUGCAUAUACUAACCGGCCAAUCCAUCUGCAUGUGCUGCAUACCCGCCGGCCCACUCUAUUUUUUUGUUUUAUACGUGUAUGUGCGGCGGCGCGGAGUGAAAGGCAGUAGGUGGGGAGGGGGUUGGUCAACGCCCGCCAUGCAUUCGCCCACCAUCUUUUUACUUGUUAAUGCCAUCGCCUUGCAUAUACGCUCAUGUCACACCGUAUAAUUUUCACGUAUCUUUUACUAAUACAACCACGCUUCUAGGUUUAUUCCCGAAGAGGCGCUUGUCGCUGGCACAAACAAUGGCGAACUUGUGUAUGUUGGGCGUGGAGUCAGCCGCGGAAAG